AUGGCUAACACACAAAUAUAUUCCGCCACGUAUUCGAACGUGCCCGUGUUCGAGUUCGUGACUUCCGAAGGUCCAAUCAUGAGACGGAAACUGGAUUCAUGGAUAAAUGCCACCCACAUUUUGAAAAUCGCCAAGUUCCCCAAGGCCAAACGUACUCGAAUCUUGGAGAAGGAUGUCCAGAUCGGCGUCCACGAGAAAGUACAAGGUGGGUAUGGGAAAUAUCAAGGGACGUAUGUUCCGCUCGACUUUGGCGAACAGAUUGCCAAGAAUUUCGGGGUGUAUGAGGUACUAAGACCGAUUUUUGAAUUUAGAUAUAUCGAGGGGAAAUCUGAAACUCCCCCACCUGCUCCCAAACACAACCAUGCCCUGGCAUUAAACGUAGCCAAGCGACAAGCACAACAGCAGCAGCAGCAGCAGCAACAACAGCAACAGCAACAACAACAACUGCAUGCAGGCAAUAAACGAACAAAGUCUGGCUCUCCACUUGAACCCAAAAAAAGAGGAAGACCUAAACGUGUUGCCCUCAGCCAAACACCAACCUUAAAACAUUCAGAUACUACACCUUUGGAACCACAAGUUUCCGGGAAUUAUACCGGGUAUAACCCCAAUGGAGGCGCUUCCACGAUUAAGACUUCAUUCGUGGGUAUGUUGCCAGCAUUGACUCGACAAGACACUGAACAAGAUGCCCCACUUCAUUUAAUGAACAUGAAUCUUAAACAGGAGGAUUUACAGGCCGUGGAUAGUGAAGUUGAUGACGAUGACAGAAACGAAGAACGAUAUUACCCCAGCGGGAAUGGCGAUUUACAUCCCUUGGUAUCCCAUCAUGAUGACUUGCUUACUAGCAAAGAAUUAUUUGGAGUUUCACGAGAAUCAUUUGAAAAACCAGGGAGACCAGCAGGACCAAAUGAUCCUUACAGCUUACAGCAAUAUCACCAGCCGAGUGGAUUCUCGUCUAGUCAAGACAUCUAUUCCAAAUACUUUUCCAACUUGUUGACAUACUUUCUCGAUGAGGACAACAACAAGGCACGAACAGCCAUUCCAGAAAGUCUAGUCAACCCACCACAACCAUUGAGUAAAAUUAACAUUGAUCAACCGAUAGAUAAUGAUGGAAACACACUUUUCCAUUGGGCCUGCUCCAUGGCCAAUAUACCCAUGAUUGAAUUCUUGCUCCUGACAUUUCUGGAAUUUAUUACUCCAGAUAUACGGAAUAAUCAUGGUGAAACACCGUUGAUGUUUCUUGUGCGGUUUAAUAAUUCAUACCAGUUGCACAACUUUCCUCUGAUUUUACAGCUAUUAUUGGAGUCGAUUUUAUUGGUUGAUGCAUCAGGAAAAACGGUGUUGCAUCAUAUAGUCCACAUUGACCAUGAGGGGAACAAAAGCGACAAAAAGAAAGCAAACAAGGAGAAGUUCGCGCGAUAUUACAUGGAAUGUUUGUUUGAUAAGAUAAUUGAAGAAGAAGGACAUACAGAGAAUGACGAGGAGGAAGGAGAGCCCGAGGGAGAUCAAGAGAAAAAACAGUUGAUUGCCAAGUUUAUAAACCAUCAGGAUGCCGAUGGAAACACGGCAUUUCAUAUUGCAGGUUAUAAUUUGAAUAAAAAGUGCAUCAAGGUGUUUAUCAGCUAUCAUCGAUACAUCAAUUUCAAUUUGCGGAACUUGGUCUCAUGCACUGUGGAAGACUAUUUGGCCAGUCAUAAUUACGUGUUACGUUUGGAUGAGGAGGAUAAAGACGACGACCAGGAUGAGGAGAACGGCGGGGUUUCCACGUCAGAACAUUUGUUAGUUUCUUCUGCGAACGGGUCCAGAUUCAAUAAUCAAUCGUUUGAAGCUAAUUUGUACAAAUCGAAACUUGCAGUUAAUCUCCACAACACCACUUCCAAUUUAAUCACGGAGAAGAUGGCAGAGUUGGCAUAUAUAGUGGACAAGGAGUUGAGCGAAAAAGACGAAGUGAUAUUAACCUAUUUUAAAAUUUUGCAAAAGGUGAACCAAGACAAGUUGGCAUCACAACGAGAAGUCUUGUCGUUGUUUAAAUUAGACUUUUUGAUUGACGAACUAGAAAAGGAGGGCCGUGGUAACGUGGACGAGAGUAGCCAAGAGAGCAGUAGUCAACAACUGGACUUGAACAUUGAUUUAAGCAAGAAUCAAAUAGUUCAGGAGGAGAUUUAUCGGUUGAUUAACGAUUUGACGUUUCAAUAUUUGCAAAAGCGCAAUGACUUGGACGAGGUGAUGAGUAGGUAUAAGGAAGUCAAAGCUAAGGCGCAUGCUGCCGCGUUGAAUCGGUUGAUAAGCAGCUAUCAAGAUGACGGGGAAGACGUUGACAAAUUUGCAUUAACCCAAGAAUUGCAGCUGCAAAUCAUAAAACAGAGACAGUUACUGGACCAGAUUUUCAACCAAGAAAAAGAUGUUCCGCGAUGUCGCGAGGGCCACAACCUGAUUAUGUCAAAGUAUGGAGACAAUGACAAGUUGAGCAAAUACUGUCAACUAAUAGCCAUAUGCUGCGGGAUGGGUAUAGAUGAGGUUGAGAGUUCGAUUGAUCUAAUUGAACAGUCGUUGACAAGUAAAUAG